CCCUUGCGCAGGAUCGACCGGUCGUCAGCAGCGGCGCCCCCUCCCCCCCUUGGCCGCGAGGCGGCCCUCCUUUUGGGAGCCGCCGAGGGCGCCCCAGGCCGCCCGCCACGCGUGCAGCCUCCCAGCUGCGCGCGCGGGCGGCGGUCGCCGCGGAACAGCAAAACGGCGCCCGCCCCGCGCCCGUGCGACGCCGCGCGCCUCGGGCGCCUCCAGGAGCAGCGCGGCAGCGUCACCGCGCUGCCCGCCGUGGCGGUAGAGCGGGGCAGCACGGGCUCCAUGGCCCAUUCCGGCGACGAGUUCUACACGAACGGGGAGGGCGAGGAGGGCGCCGUCGACGUCCCGCUUAUCGCCGUUGACGGCGUCGAAGCUGUUGGUGCACCUGCUGGAGCCGUCGCCAGCAGCAAGCCGGGCAAGUGGGAGAGCCCCAGGAGCGCCAAGGAGCGCAUACGCCGGAGGACCAAGUCCAGGAUAGACGCGCUUAAGGCGGACCGCGACCAGGAGUACUGGCACGGCGAGGUCGAGGUGCUGGCGCCCUCCCAGAAGUGGCGGGAGGCGACGGUGGUGAGGAGGCUGCAGAAUGGCGUCCAGGUACACUACGAGGGCUUCGACUCAAAGUACGACGAGGUGCUGCCCUUCACUUCGAGCCGGCUGCGCAAGUACGGCCAGCUCAGGAGUGAGACCUUGAGCAGCCUCAAGGCGUCGUUCAUUUCGCAGUACGGGGCCAGCCAAUGUCCAGGCUGCGGCGUAGAGCUGCAGAGCCACAGCCCCAUGAAGCUCGGAUACAUCCCCCCGCACAAGUUCCAGCCGAGUGCCGAGGAGGACGGCGACGGGAAGAACAGCGACCUGGUGUUGACCCCAGAGGAGGAGGUGAACCUCUUGCUGAAAGCCGACGGGUACCGUGACGGCGCCAGCGCGACGUUCCCCAAACGGGCGUCGCAGAAGAAGUUCCGGGUCAUCCAGAACAUCUACCUCAACAUCCGCAAGGCAAGCCUCGAGCUGGUGGUCCGGUACAAUCAGCACUCAGCACACGCCAGGGCGUGGGCCGAGCGGGCGGGCCGCCCCGCCUGCCUGGCCACGUCGCACGCCAUCCUCCCCAGCGCCGAGAGCACCAGGAAGAGGAGGGAUGCCAUAAGUUAA